CCGCUUUCUCAGGAAGACCGCAAUUUCAUCCCUUUCUUCUCCGCGGGAUUUGGCUUUUCUUCCUCAAUCAAAGACACGCUGUGAAUCCCGGGCUCUCUCGGAAAACCCUGUUCAUCAUGGAGACGCUGGAAACGAUCUCGGCGGCUCUGAAAUGCACAGACGCGAAGAAAGAGAAUCUCAAGAAGGCCUUCGACGAGUUGCAAUCCCACUCUUCAGUCCUCUCCGCCUUUUCUCUCACGUGGUCCGACCUCGACGCUCACUUCACUUCCCUCCAGAACUCGCUCACAGAACGAUUCCACCUCCUGGAAUCGCUCGAGUUGGAAAAACAAAUUCAGACCCACUGCACCGAGUCGGCUCAGUCAACCCCCAAAAUUGACCCAUGUGCCUCACAAGGUCAGAACGCCCAAACCAACCCAGAAGACCCUUCUUCUCCAUCAAUUUUGGAGACCAAGAUGACCCAAAUCCGGGUUGACCCGAGUGGUGAUGUGGGUUCAAAUUCGUUGAGGGCUUUGUGUGAGAGUAUGGACGGGAAGGGGUUGAGGAAGUACGUAUUAGAGCACCCAAAUGAGAAGAAAGAGAUGAUGGCCGAACUCCCCGGCGCAGUGCGGUGCGCGCCGGACCCGGCGGCGAUGGUCUUGGACGCCAUGGAAGGGUUUUAUGGCGUAAAGGGCAAUAAGGAGGGGGAUGUGGGUGCUUUGAGGAGGUCUUGUGUGCUAUUGUUGGAGGCACUAAUGGGGGUUAAGGCCAAUGUGGGGGUGGGAGUGAGGAAGAGAGCAAAGGAGUUGGCUUUGGAGUGGAAAGGAAAGGCGAGCUCCAGUGAAGUUCAAAAUUUUGAGGUGAUGGGGUUUUUGCAUUUGGUGGCGGCGUACGGGUUGCAGUCCGAGUUCGACGGGGAUGAGCUUGUGGAUUGCUUUGUUAUCGUUGCGCAGUUUCGACAGGCCGUGAAGUUGUGCCGGGCUUUCGGUUUGGGGAAUAAAGUUGCUGAUCUCAUUCAGAAACUUAUAAGUAAGGGCAAGCAACUUCUGGCUGUCAAAUUUAUUUUUGAAUUUGAGCUGACCGAAAAGUUUCCACCAGUCCCUCUCUUGAAAUCCUAUCUUAAGGAUGCCAAGAAGCUUGCUGUGAAAGUUAGGAAAGAAGGAAAUGAAUCUCACGUGUCACUGAAUAAGGCAACAGACAAAGAACUCGUUGCAAUGAAAUCAGUUAUUAAAGUUAUUGAAAGCCACAAUCUUGACUCUCAGUUUCCAAGGGCAAACCUUGAAAAGCGUAUUGAGGCGCUGGAGAAGCUGAUUGUGAACAGAAAACGACCUGCAGCAGCCCCUCCUGCCAAACCGCAGCAGCCGCAACAGCAGCAGCCAAAGAAGCAGAAGAAGCAUCUGCAGCCAAAGAAGCAGCAGCAUCUGCAGCCAAAGAAGCUGCAGCAGCAGAGUAGAAGCAAGCAUCCUCGAAUAGCUCCUCCAUUUGGUCAUGCGGCAGUCCCAGUAAUUGUUGAUGGUGCAAAUUCAACUAUUUCCCAUUAUCGAAAAUCUCAUCUACAGUCGGCAGGUUUGUUAUUGGAUUGUCCUGCUCCAUAUGUGAGCUCAUCAUCUGUGCCCUAUGGCACAGUAGGCCAGACUCCUAUGAUUGCCUCUUUCACAGGUUCAUCAGCUGGGCUGUAUGGUUUUCCAGGAGCCCUUGUGGGUUUUGGUGGGAACCCAAGCCCUUCUAGUUCCCAUCUAUACUUAUCAGAACCAUAUCUACCAUCUAAUUAUUAUGAUGGGUCAACUGCCUAUGGUGGAUAUGGUGUCCGGCCUGAAUACCAUCCAUCUUACCAUCCUCAGUAGAUCUGUGUGCUCUUUGUUUUUGUGAUAGUAUAAUUUUGGAUGGUUUCAUACUUUUGCCUCUGCAACGCUGGUUAUUGGAAAAGCAUAGCUUGCUUUUUUUUAUCA